AUGUAUAGUUAUGAACAUAUACCAGUCGAAUGGUUUACUUCAAAUAGACGACCACAAACAUCUAAUUACCCCCCACCACCACCAAUGUCUCGACCAGUAUCAAAAAGUUUCAAUCGAAUAUCUGAUUUUAUAUUUCCUGAUACAGUUCAUGUACGUUUUCGUUCAUCUUCUCGUCAACAACAACAACAACAACAACAACAACGGCCUAUUUUCCCACGAUAUCAACGAACUGAAAAUUAUAGUUUACCAGCAUUAAAUCAACGUGAUUUAAUUAUUGUUGAACGUUUACCUGUUGAAGAAUUAGAUGAUGUUGAUUUACUCUAUCGUGAACAAUAUUAUGAACCAAAUCAACAAAUUCAACGUUGUUAUACAUCAAAUAUUGAUCAACAUCGAUUACCAUCAUAUGAAAAAAUUUCUACAGGAUUAAAAAAUCGAUCAGUUGCAUAUCGUGAAAAAUUUCGUGAUAGAAAAAAACGUCAUACAACUGAUAAUGCAUAUCAUUCAAUGUUAAAAUCAAUUUUAGAAAAAGAUCAACAACCAUAUAUGAAUGAUAAAAAUUCAAAUUAUAUUCUUUCAUAUAGAACUACACUUGAUCCAAUUACAGAUUCAGAAUCUAUGACAUCUAUUAACCAGCAAAAACAGUAUAAUAAUGAUACUUCAAAUUAUCGAGUACCUAUCAAUGGAACAAUACCUAAUGCGAAUGAAAAAAUCCGUUCAAGACAAUUUAGUUCAACAAUAAGUACUCGAGAUUCAUCAAGUGAUACAGACAUUACUGAAAGACGUCCGAAAAUAAUGAAUUCAACUUAUUAUCAACAAGAUUCAUCAUAUAUUAAUUCAUCAAAUAUUCCUUCAAAUAUUUCACCACGUUUUUCAUCUAAUCGUGUACAUGUUCAAUAUCAACCUGACAGAUUCAUUCCGAUUAAUUCAUCAAUAGCAGACACAAACAAUCAUGAAACAAUGUCUAAUUCCAAUAAUCUGAUCACUUCAUCGCCAUUUAAUAAUGUUACUAAUGAUCAGAUAAACAAUCAAAUAUCAUCACAAGACUCAACGCAUCAUGUUUCUUUGUGCGUCAAUGAUCUACAUACAACAUUAUUUAUUGAUGAAGAUACAUUGAAGAAGACGAAGACAUCCAUUAAUAAUAAUGGUAGAAAAGCAGUUAUAAAAACAUUUAUCGAUCGAAUUAUCAAACGAUUACAGCAUUUUAAAUCUUCACUUGAUAAUGGAUUAAUUCAUACACGAAAACGAAAUACAUUAGUUAAUGGAUCAAUUAUUACUGCUGAUUAUCAUUCACCUCAAGAAAUAACAAAUAGAAAAACGAAUAUAAAUCAAUCAAUCGAUUUUCUAGAUGAAAAUAAACUUGUUCGACCAUAUUUUUUAAUUAAACCACAAACAAUACUUAUGUUACCUAAUGAAACAGCUAAAUUUAAAUGUUGUUUUGGUGGUGAUCCAUUUCCGACUCUUACUUGGUCACAUAAUGAAUGUCGUAUACCUGAAAUAUUUCUUACUAGUGAUACAACAUCAUCACGAUAUCGAACACAUAAAUUACAUGAUAUUUAUUAUUUGGACAUUGGACCGAUUAAUCUUCGUGAUCAUGGCCAAAUAAAAUGUACAAUUAUGAAUAGAUUUGGUCGAGAAGAAGCUGUUGCUCAAUUAAUUGUUGUUCCUUCACCAGCUGAUGCUACACCAUAUAUUACACAGCCGCUUAAUGAUAUAAUUAUUAUUGAAGGAAGACCAUUAAAAAUAUCGUGUGGUAUUACUGGUUUACAAGUGACGGUCAACUGGUUUCAUAAUGGAAAAUUAAUUUCAUCAAUGACAGAAUCAAAAGACAAUUAUAAUAAUGAAAAGUCUAUAUUUAGUCUUUCUUGUUGUUUGAAAACUGAUACUGGUACAAUUGAUUGUUUUGUUAAAAAUCGUUUUGGAGAAGCGAGAACAAGUUGUCGUAUUACAGUAAUCAAUGAACCAGAAUUAGACCGGUGA